ACUGCGGAUUGAGCCAAUCCCCUGCUCCCUCUAGGUCAGCUCGUGAGUCGCUUGCGGGAAGGCGGUCUCGCUUCCUCCUAGCAGACACAGUUAAGUACUACUAAACCUCCACGUUACGGCGUUCCCUCGCGCAACUCUUUUCGGCCUUGCCGGCCAAGCGCCCUUAGCCACGCUGCUGGGCUAAGAAACUUUCUCCGCGUGAAUUUCCAUUUGUUGAAGAAAGCAUUCCUGCCUGCCAGCGAGCGACGAGCCCAAGGUUCGGAUCGCCGCUACGCGCGUUCGUCGUCGAGACUCGCAGCGUCCGCGCUUUCCUGGGAUUGCCGGUUGCUGCGUGGCGUAGGGUGAACCUGCUAGAAACUAGGGCUCACGAUUCGCUUGCUCGGGUUAGAGUAGUUAGAGUAGGAGCGCGUGCCGUUCGACCCGCAAGAGCAAAAGCAUUUGAACCGUUUGAGACCAUCCACGUCAGCAUGUCGCGCUCCUACGCGAAUCUCCUCGACCUAUCAGGGGACGCCCCGCUGUUCACGCGCCCAGUGGCGCGCGGAAGCAAGGGCAGCCUCACCCGCUCCGCCACGGCGACGGGGACCAUUGCGGACGGCGGGCGCGCGGGCGCGGGCGCGGGGAGCCUGACGGGGCUGGGCGGGGGGGUGGAUGAGGCGUCGAGCUCGGAGUCGGAGUCGCCGUCGAGCCUGGCGCAGGAGCGGCUCAUCAUCGUCGCCAACAUGCUCCCGCUGCACGCCGAACGAGACGCCGCCACGCAGGAGUGGGCGUUCAGGUGGGACGAGGACGCGCUGCUGCUGCAGAUGAAGGACGGCAUCACGGCGGGCAGCGAUGAUGACAUGGAGAUCAUCUACAUCGGCUCGCUCAAGGUGGAGGUGGAGCCAUCGGAGCAGGACAGGGUGGCGGCCACGCUCCUAGAGAACUUCAACUGCGUGCCCACCUUCCUGCCACUCGACCUCAAAACCAGAUUCUACCACGGGUUCUGCAAGCAGCAGCUGUGGCCGCUGUUCCACUACCUGCUGCCCCUGGGCCCGUCGCAUUCGUCGGGGCUGUUCGACCGUGAGCUGUGGCAGGCGUACGUGAGCGCGAACAAGAUCUUCAGUGACAAGGUCAUGGAGGUGAUCAGCCCCGACGACGACUACGUGUGGGUGCACGACUACCACCUCAUGGUGCUGCCCACGUUCCUCCGAAAGAGGUUUCACCGCGUUCGCCUCGGCUUCUUCCUGCACAGCCCGUUCCCCUCGUCCGAGAUCUACCGCACGCUGCCGGUGCGCGACGAGAUCCUGCGCGCGUUGCUGAACGCGGACCUCAUCGGCUUCCACACCUUUGACUACGCGCGCCACUUCCUCUCGUGCUGCUCGCGCAUGCUGGGCCUGGAGUACGAGUCCAAGCGCGGCCACAUCGGGCUCGACUACUACGGCCGCACCGUGGGCAUCAAGAUCAUGCCUGUGGGGAUCCACAUGGGGCGGUUGAAUUCGGCGCUGAGUCUGGCGGACACGGAGUGGCGCGUGGGGGAGCUGAGGGCGCAGUUUGAGGGGCGGAAGAUGGUGCUGGGGGUUGACGACAUGGACCUCUUCAAGGGGAUCGCGCUGAAGAUGCUAGCGAUGGAGCAGCUGCUGCGGCAGCACCCGGAGUGGGUGGGCAAGGUGGUGCUCGUGCAGAUCGCCAACCCCGCCAGGGGGCGAGGGACCGAGGUGGAGCAGAUGCAGAACGACAUCUACUCCAUCGUCAAGCGGGUGAACAGGGAGUUUGGGCGGGAGGGCUACGAGCCGGUGGUGCUGCUGGAGCGGCACGUGCCCAUGUACGAGCGCGUGGCCUUCAUGUCCCUGGCCGAGUGCCUCGUGGUCACGGCGGUGCGCGACGGCAUGAACCUCACGCCCUACGAGUACAUCGUCUGCCGCCAUGGCGUCGACGCUGCUCAGGCCGCCUCUGCUGCUGCGUCCGCUGCGGCCCGCGCGUCCCCUGCUGCUGCGUCUGCUGCUGCUGCGCUUGGCCCGGGCGCUUCUGCUGCUAAUGCGGCUGCUGCUGCUGGUGCUGCUGCUGGUGCUGCUGCUGGUGCUGGUACUGGUGCUGGCAGCAGUGUGGGAACGCAUGAGGGGUCGGUAGCCAAGCCUCCUCUGCCCACUCACCGCUCCCACGGCCAUUCAUCUCUCGAUCCUUCGGCCCAGGCUGCUGCGCCCGCUGCACCUGCUGCAGACGCAGGGGGGGAUGAGACAAAGCGCACAGAGGCAGCAGCGGCAGGAGCAACAGGGGCAGGGGAAGCCGCGGACUCGACAGGGGCAGGCGCUGCUGGUGCAGUGGGAGGGGACGGGGCAGGUGCAGCACAGCCAGUAGCAGAUUCCGCUGCAGCAGCAGGUGCGACCACCACUGCCACGCCAACCGCUGCAGGGGCUGCAGGAUUAGCGGGGGGAGAAGCGGCAGGAGCAGCAGGGGCAGCAGUGGGGGCGGAGGGCGUUGGGCCUGUGGUGGCACCGUCGCCGUCGCUGCCGGCGAUUAUAACGAAGCGGGGCGGCGAGGCAGAGGGGCGGGUGAGGCGGCGCAGUGCCAUUGUGGUGUCGGAGUUCAUCGGGUGCUCGCCCUCGCUCAGCGGCGCCAUCCGCAUCAACCCCUGGAACGUGCAGGCGGUGGCGGACGCAGUGAACAGCGCGUUGACGAUGGGGGAGAGCGAGCAGGAGAUGCGGCACGACAAGCACUACAAGUAUGUGCGCGACCACCACGUGGGCUACUGGGCGCACUCCUUCGUCACCGACCUGCAGCGCACCUGCAGGGAGCACAGCCACCUGUGCUGCUACGGCAUCGGGUUCGGGCUGGGGUUCCGCACAGUGGCGCUGGACCCCAACUUCCGCAAGCUGCAGACCGACCUCCUCGUGCGCUCGUACCAGCGCGCGCACUCCCGGCUCAUCCUGCUCGACUACGAUGGCACCAUGAUGCCGCAGACGUCCAUCAACAAGACGCCAGGGCAGGACGUGCUGGACGUGGUGCAGCGGCUGAGCAGCGACCCGCGCAACACGGUGUUUGUGGUCAGCGGGCGGCGCCGCGAGAACCUGGAGGCAUGGUUCCAGUCGUGCCACCGCCUGGGCCUGGCUGCGGAGCACGGCUUCUUCGUCAGCUGGAGCCGGUCGGCCCCCUGGCAGACGACCAUAGUGCAGCAGGACACCACGUGGAAGGACGCGGCGCUGCCGGUCCUGGAGCUCUAUACGGAGUCAACGGACGGGUCUUAUAUCGAGACCAAGGAGAGCGCGCUGGUGUGGCACCACAGGGACGCGGACCCCGACUUUGGGUCGUGGCAGGCCAAGGAGCUGCUGGACCACCUGGAGAGCGUGCUGGCUAACGAGCCCGUGGUGGUCAAGGGAGGCCAUCACAUCGUGGAGAUUAAACCGCAGGGCGUGAGCAAGGGGCUGGUGGUGGAGCAGCUGCUGCGGGCAUCCAAGGGCGCGGGCAAGUCGCCUCCGGACUUUGUGCUGUGCGUGGGCGACGACCGGUCAGACGAGGACAUGUUCGAGCGCAUCAACGCCAUCAUGACCGCCGCGCCCUCACCCACGCCCCUCGCUGAAGUCUUCGCCUGCACGGUUGGGCAGAAGCCCAGCAAGGCGCGGUACUACCUGGACGACACGAGCGAGGUGAUCAAGAUGCUGCGCGGCCUCGCCAACGCUCCCUCCAUGCCCUCCAAUGUCCCGCAGCCCCUCGCAUCGCCCACCCUCCACACACUCGCGGCCCCGCACCAGCCCCCCCACGCCGCCACAGCUGCACUCCUCGGGCCCCAGCCAGGGCUGUACACCCUGGGACCCACCGGGGGCCCUGCUUCUGUGAUGGGCGCUCAGGGUUCGAUGCUGGGGGGCAUGAUGGGGGGCGUGAUGGGGGGUGCCAUGAUGGGGGGUUUGCCUGGAAGUGGGGUGGCAGGGGGUGUGGUGGGAGGGCUGGGAGCACUGCUGCCCCCGGCUGACAAUGCGCAUCUGAACUUCGGGGUGGAUGAGAAUGACGGGUUGUGAUGUCAAAUGGGCGGUUCCGUGAGGUGAGGUGAGCCGUGAGUGUGGUUUACUCCAGUACUGAGGGGGUGGGUGGUGCUGUGAGGGUGAGGAAGUGUAACAGCCACAAGUAGAGAGCUGAGGGUUCUUCCUCUUUAGGGCGCGGUUCACGUCGAUCGUUUUGCCGCCUAAAUGAUCAUGCGAGAGAUUUUAUCGAGCUGGAAACCAAUCCAAGAUAGUAUUUUGCUGACGAAAACUUCACGAAUUAGGGUUACUCGAGAAACAAACUGAUCUGAACACCGAAUUAUCUACAGGAACUGUGCCCUUAUUGUGCAUUCUGUUGAACAAGCUAGGAUAGGAUAGAAGCCAUGAAAAUGGCGUGAGGUUUUAGGUGCUAGGAGGAAAUGUCGAGGGAGGGAUUGGACUAGGAGAGAGGGAUACAAGAAGGGGGUUGUACCCUCUGUAGUGGAU